UUUACAUGCGAGAAUAAAGUUAUCGUCUCAUCUUCUUUCACUGGGAAGAACUCAGAUGUUCAGGUCGGCACAUUAGCUUGCUCAAAUAUCAUUGCAAAGCGUAACCAAUUAUCGCACGCCAGACAAAUAUCUGCGCUGGUACCUGUGCGUUGUGUUCAAUGCUCUUGUCUUCCGGACCUUUCCAAGUUGUUUCAUCGCAUUCAAAGUGCUACCAACUGCUUCAUCCCCUUUCGUGGUGGUCCAAACCUUUACGAUCGCCAAGUCAUCUCGGGCGCUCUCUUGUAUGAUAGAGCAUUUUUUAAUAUCGCAAUUGGAUUCACUAUCUAUAUGCAGUAUUCAACUUGCCAGACGUUCUUCGUGAACCGGGCCAGCUACAACGAGACGUAG